AUGCUGACCCUCGCUCGUCGUUCCGAAGCUAUUUCCCGUAUUUUAACUGUCCGUUAUGCAUCAUCAGAGGUUCCCGUAACUUCUUCUUCAUCUUUAGCUUCUGAACGUGGUAAUAUACAAGACUUACUAGCCGGUAAUGCGACGGCCCGCAAUGGCGUUGAAUACGUCGUAUCUCGUGUGGAUGAUUUGGUUAAUUGGGGUCGUAAGAGCUCAUUGUGGCCAAUGACGUUUGGUUUGGCGUGUUGUGCCGUUGAAAUGAUGCACUCUGCUGGUUCACGUUAUGACUUUGAACGCAUGGGUAUGGUGUUCCGUGCCUCACCUCGUCAGACUGACGUGAUGAUUGUGGCUGGUACACUAACGAACAAAAUGGCACCCGCCCUUCGUCGUGUCUAUGAUCAGAUGCCUGAGCCGCGCUACGUCGUGUCUAUGGGAAGCUGUGCCAAUGGUGGGGGUUACUACCACUACUCGUACGCUGUCGUACGUGGCGUGGACCGCAUUGUCCCCGUCGACAUUUACGUGCCAGGUUGUCCGCCGACAGCUGAGGCAUUGCUUUUUGGACUCAUGCAGCUUCAAAAGAAGAUCAAGGGCAACAAGUCGCUGUUACUUAAGUUGAGAAAGUAG